CCUCCCGGGCCCGCCCCCGCGCGGUCCCGCCCCGCACGCUCUGAGUGACAGCGCCGGGGCCGCUCCCGGGCGGGGCCGGGCCGGACCCGCUGCUCCGCGGCCCCUCAGAUGCCAUGUUGCCUCAGAAGAGGGGACAGAUACCUUCCAGAAUAGCCAUGAGCAGUUAUUGGAAAGCCCUUGGAAUUUUCUUACUCUGUCUUCAAAGUGCACUGUCUCACCAGCCAGCCCAGCCCAGAGUGCUGCUCGUGUCUUUUGAUGGGUUUCGGUGGGAUUACAUCUACAGAGUGUCCACUCCCAAUUUUCACUAUGCCAUGAAGAACGGGGUGCACGUCAGGCAGGUCACGAACGUGUUCAUAACGAAGACGUACCCCAACCACUACACCCUGGUGACCGGGCUCUACGCAGAGAGCCACGGCAUCGUCGCUAACGAGAUGUACGAUCCUGUCCUGAAUGAAACCUUCUCCCUGAACAAAAUGAACACCCACAACUCCAAGUUCUGGGAAGAGGCCACCCCAAUAUGGGUGACGAACCAGAGGGAAGGACACAAAUCUGGUGCUGCUAUGUGGCCUGGAACAGAUGUGAAGAUACAUGGAGUCUUGCCUACACAUUACAUGCCCUACAAUGAAUCUGUUCCCUUUGAAGACAGGGUAGCGAAGCUCAUUGCCUGGUUUACAUCAGAAGAACCCAUAAACUUUGGUCUCCUGUACUGGGAACAGCCUGAUGAGAUGGGCCACUUUCUGGGCCCUGAAAACCCACUUAUGGGAGCGAUAAUCAGUGACAUUGACAGAAAACUGGGGUAUCUCAUUUCUGAACUGAAGAAAGCGAAGCUGUGGGAUGUGAUAAAUGUCAUAGUCACAAGUGAUCACGGAAUGUCACAGUCAUCCUUGGAAAGGCUCAUUGAGCUUGAUCAGUACGUGAGCAGAGAGCUCUAUAAAGUCAUCGACCACUCCCCUGCAGUAGCCAUUUUGCCACAAGAAGGCAAAGUGGAUGAAGUAUAUGAAGCUUUGGCCAACGCUCAUCCCAACAUGACUGUAUAUAAAAAGGAGCAGAUUCCAGAUAGAUUUCAUUACAAACACAACAGUAAAAUUCAGCCCAUCUUAGCAGUGGCUGAUAAAGGAUGGGAAAUUGUACAUAAUAAGACUGACAGUUUUCUGUUUGGUAAUCACGGAUAUGACAACACUGUACCAGAAAUGCAUCCCAUUUUUUUGGCAGCUGGGCCUGCUUUCAGAAAGAAUGUCACCAAAGAAUUCAUGAAUGCGACAGACUUGUACCCCUUACUGUGUCAUCUUCUUGGCAUCAACCCACUGCCCAGCAAUGGUUCCUUCAAUGCUGUGAAGGAUAUACUUGCUGAAGAAGUUCCUGGAGCCCGUGGAGCAGACACCUACUCCACUGUUGUAGGAGUCUUCCUGGGCAGCUUGCUUGUUUUGGUUUUUACUGCAGUUUUUGUUAAGCAUUUUGUCCUCGCCCAAGCAAAUUCCAUGCAAAUCCAACACACUGAAGCUGCCCAGCCACUGCUGCAAGAUUAAUAACACCUGGGAUAACACCUCAAACACCUCCUGUUUGAGGCUUAAAAUAAGCCUUUACAAAGAAAAUAAACAAUGGAGGUGGAUCAGCAUAAAUAUGUGGAGUGAACGGAGAUGGGUGCUGAUUCAUUGGUACUCUGGGGCAUGUACAGACCAGGUAUGCAGAGAGAGGGCAUGUUCCUUUUUCACCCUGCAGUCACUUCAUCUUCCAGGGGUUGAAGAUACCGUAGGUAAACGUGGAAAGCUCUGUGUGUAUGAAGACCUGUAGUGACAACAGACCUCAAAUACCUUAUUAUGGCUAAUUUUAGGACAAUAACAUAAACUGGGGUGCACUUCACAGACUAUUAAAUGGUGAUUUCAUUUCCCACCCUUUUUUUUUCUUUUAUUCUUUGGGAGGUUUUUUGAGUCUCUUUGAUUCUAACAAGUCACUGAAUGGUACUAAACUUCCUUGGGUUUUUUUUUUUCUUCUCUGCCCAAGGAAGCUUUUGCAUGGAUCACUAUUACAGAUAACUUGGUGGGUUAAAUCCUGCAGAAAAGAACAUUAUUAUUCAGCUAGGUCAUGCAGUGCUAAGUGUCUGUUUGGAGUUACAUAUAUUUCUUCCAACUACUGUGUUAAUUGUAGCCCCAAAAAAUGAAUCUAAGUGGUAUUGCCUUUAGCAAUCAGCAUUAAACUGCUUGAUUCUUAAUGUUUUAAAAUUUUAUUUCGGUAAAUACAGGUUUUUACCACUUUAGAUAUGAUUUUAGGUAAAUGUAGAUCUUUACUUUUUCUAUUUCCUGUACACUGCACUAAAUCUAGGAGUUCCAUGCAGCUGGCAGGAUAAAGACACAUACAAGCACCACACCUGUAUAUCCAAAUGGAGCCUUUUCUCUGAGUAAGUUCUCUCUGAAUAAGUUAAGGAACAUGGAUGCUCAAGCUGGUUUCAAAGUGCUGUCAGGCUUGUCCCUGGGUGUGCAUCUGGUGUGAUGUUGGAGACUGAGUUUGACUUGUGUCUUGUGCUUUAUCUGCUGUGUCUGCAUGGGCCUUGGAAUGGGAUGAUCAGGAUUACACAUGCAGUUUAAGGGCAGCUGUAUAAAUCUUAAGCCAUAUACGUUAAGUCUGAAAAAGCACACUUUAAUAAAAAAAGGUGUAAGACUGGAGUUUCUUUUUCCAGAGGAAAGCCUCUGUUAGGGAAAAAUAUUAAUUCUGAGUUAACAAAGGUACAUAUUAUUCACAUUCUUUUAUGUGUAGCAAUAAAUCUUCUUGCUAGUGUAGUUGUGGGGGUUUUUGUGAGCUCACUUAAAUGGUAGGUGAGAAGCUGCUGCUGAGGUGUAUAUGAAAAACAUAUUCAGAAGUGAGAAAAGUUGUCUAUUGUCAGACUUUUCCCCUUCUCCCUGGGUGAGAUGAUAGUAUUUCUCAUCACUUUGUUGCUGAGUACAAUGCCUGAAGGAGAAAGAAACUUUCAAAAUUCGUGCAGACGUAGCAGACUGAGUAUUUUAAAGUGCAAUUGAUGGCUGUAUCCACAGCCCCCAGCAGAGGGCAAGGAUGGGAACACUUUGGUUUUGGCUGUGCUCUGCCAAACCAAGGGCGUGACUGACAGACAGUUCUGCAAGGGGAGGGCUGGGGUACGGAAUUCAUUUUGCUGGGCUAAAUUCCAGACUUAAUGAAGACUGCUGGGUUCCUCUGUGAUGGCAGGGACACUUGCUUAGCACCAAGCUGUCUUGCAGACAGAUGCGGACAUUUCCAGAGGCCACAUCUGGGAGCAGCGAAUGCUUCAGAGGGAAGGCAAUGAAAUAGCCCAACUUAAGGGAUAUUCUGGAAGUUCAGCUGUAAUAGUAGCUUUAGGAAGGCAGGAAAAAUGCAGGUCUGGUGGAAGACAGCCAUUAAUUUGGGGGAUGUAUAUGAAAUCCUGUGAACUGCAACUGGCUCAGUGCUGUUACUAUGUUGUGAAUGGCCUUGUUUUCCUGCAUUGCCAUUUUCUUAAGAAAACACUGAAGGAAAAUGUCUGUAAGGCUGAUUCUUAGUGCAGCUGGCCAUUAGCUGUGCCUGAAGUUGAAUUUGCUUGCACAGCUAAAGCUGCAGGGGCUCCAGCUGAACUACAACAGCAGUACCGUGUUCACAGCAGUGUUCAGAGACUGGGGAAAUCAGAGCAGGAAACCCGAAUCUCUGAGUUGUUACUAAUCCCUUCCCUACUCACCUUCCAAAAAGUGGAUGGCACACAGGAAGCUGAUGCAUUGAGUCCACCUUUUCUUGCUUGUUGGCAGCUUAAAAAUGAAUUGUAGCACAAACUUAGUGUGUGUUUAAAGAAGAUCUGCAGGCUUUGAUAAGGCAAUAACAGUGGCAAUUGUCAUAACAAUGCCAUACCCCUCACCUGUAGCUUCUGCACUUUGGAACAUGUUGCUUUAGUAGAAAUUCUUAUUGCAGUAAUUUCAUAGCAGCGAUCGUGGCAGAUGUAAAAAUAACUGGGUUGUAAUCUCAGAGCUUUUCCUUAAACUCCACUUUAACUGUGGCAAGUGUAGUUCUAUCGUCAGCCAAAGUGACCCUUGGUUUUAAGGAGGGGGCAAAGUUUGUCAGUGUUGUUCAGUCAUCUGGGACUUAGACGUACCUGUCCAAAUAUGCAACAAGGGAAGAGCAGUAGGUUGCCCCCAACAAAAGGUUUGGGAACAAUAAUACUCAGAGUAGGCUGAGGACACGAACAUGAGAAUUGUUGAUAUAAUUGUUCUGUAUUGCACUGUGAGGCCCUUCUUAGAGGAGGGCAAAAUAAAACUUUGUAAAAAAAUGAAGGGAAUCUUGUAGUAUUUGGGUAUUUCAGUUUAGGGUCAAACAUUUCUUUUAUUCUUAGGUGCAUUUGCAGGUAUCUCUUGCGUAGUUCCUUGUUAGGACAUUUGCCCAACUGUUUUAAGUUGUUGGAUGUGAGCUUAAUGAAAUUGAAAGCACAGAUGAUGCCAUUGGAGAAAAAUAGAGACUUCUUCUCUGAUGUGACAUUUUGCAGACACCUUUUUGGGUGGGAUUUGGUUUCUGUGUAUAUGAUACUUUCUAUGAUGUACAAACAACUUUACCGGAAGGCGAAUCUGAGUACACUGUGUACUGCUUGUAACUUAAGCUUGGAAACCAAGAAUGAUGCAUGAUGUGUUUCAUUACUGACUGUGGAGCAUACAGAUGUCAAAUGUUUUCUUUGUUUCUUCUUGUUUGGAAAUGCUGAAGUUAAAAUAUAUCUUUGCUAUAAUGCUGUCAAGCAUGGAGUGCUGGCUUCAUUUAAAACACUUCUGGAAAACAAACUUGAACUGGGGGGCAGAUGACUGGGGGAGAAUGGUCUCAACUUGUAUGCAUCCCAAAUAUUCCUUGGACUCUGCAUAGUGUGUGCCUUUGUUAAAAAUAACUGGAAGUGUGAUAGAACCUAGGAAUUUUAGGUCACAGUUCUUACAUAACAGACUUCUUGUUUCCCACCUUGCUGCCAUAUAUGGAAAAAGCUAUCAGUUACCAAUAGGAUUCCAGUUUCUUUUACUAAAAAAAUAUCUUCCAGACUUUCUUGGUCAAGAGCUGCAGCAAUGCUGCUUCAAGAAAUGCAGUC